UUCAUGUCGGUCCGGAGUCGCUUGCUAUAGUGAACUCUAGAACUCUUCAUUUACCCUUGAAUUGAAACAGGCCCGGUUUGGUCUCUGAGGGUACAAUGACUUCCAAGGCGUACGUCAUUGCGUUGGCUUUUUUCUUCGCAAUCAUUUUAGGAGCGACCGGUGCAAAAUAUCCAGCGGGGCGAGCUUCAAAUAAGGCUGCCGACCUCAGACUGCCUACAUCCAUCAAACCAGUCAGUUAUGUCUUACAACUCCAGCCGCUAAUCAACGGCAACUUUUCAAUUUAUGGAUACGUGGAAAUCGUCAUGGAGAUUCUCGAGCCAACCAGCAACAUCACCCUUCACAUAAAAGACAUCAUAACCAAGAAUGAAACUAUACUGUUGUACUCAGGUAACAAGCCGAACGGUCAACCCAUCCCAAUCGUGGAGCACAGCUACGACGCAGACCGCGACUUCUACAUCGCGACUCUGGCAGAGCCUCUGACAGCUGGCCGGCAGUACCUCCUCCUCAUGGAGUACGAAGGAUACCUCAACGACUUGCUAGUCGGCUUUUAUCGCUCACAAUAUAAAAGGGAUGACGGUACGGAUGCGUGGCUCGCUGUGACUCAAUUUGAAUCUACGGACGCAAGACGCGCGUUCCCGUGCUUCGACGAGCCCGCCCUGAAAGCCACAUUCGAUGUUUCUAUCGCCAGGCAGACCAACAUGACCUCCAUCUCCAACAUGCCUCUUGUCGAGACCACUCCCUUUGACGGCGAUGCAGAGUGGGUGUGGGAUCACUUCGCUACCAGCCUACCCAUGUCCACCUACCUUGUUGCAUUCGUAGUCUCAGAUUUCACUUUCGUUAAUUCCACCUACAACGACCACGUUCUUUUCAGAGUCUGGGCGCGACAAGAUGCCAUCGAUCAAGCUUGGUACGCAAUUGAUGCUGGACCGGCAAUUUUGACUUGGUACGAACAGUACUUCGCUAUACCUUUCCCUCUGCCAAAGCAAGACAUGAUCGCCAUCCCAGACUUUUCAGCUGGAGCAAUGGAAAACUGGGGUCUUGUCACCUAUCGAGAAACUGCGUUAUUGGCUGACCCAGUGUUGAGUUCGGCAUAUAACCGAGAGCGCGUAGCCACGGUGGUGGCGCACGAGCUGGCUCACCAGUGGUUCGGAGACCUGGUCACCAUGGAGUGGUGGUCAGACAUUUGGCUCAACGAAGGAUUCGCUACUUACAUGGAAUACCUGGGCACAGAUUCGUUUGAACCCACUUGGAGGUACUUGGAUAGGUUCGUAACCAAUGAUCUUCAGUACGUGUUCGCUUUGGAUAGUCUGGAAUCAUCACGUCCCAUCAGCAUCGCGGUUCAGUUUCCAAGUGACAUCGAUCAAUUGUUUGAUGCGAUUUCUUACUCGAAAGGAGCGUCGAUCAUCCGCAUGAUGAACAACUUCCUCACAGAACCUACUUUCCGGAACGGAUUGACCAACUAUUUAACCAUACAUCAGUACGCCAACGCUGCUCAAGACGACCUAUGGCAAGCUUUGACAGUUCAGGCUCAUGCUGAUGGAACUUUGUCGCCCGACAUCACAGUAAAAACCAUCAUGGAUACAUGGACCUUGCAAAUGGGAUACCCUGUCAUCAACGCUAUCAGAGCAACGGAUGGGUCAAUUACCCUCACUCAGGAACGUUUCCUGCUGGUCAAGAGUCCUAACUCGACGGACACGCACGACUACAAGUGGUGGGUGCCUGUUUCCUACACCACUCAGAGCUCACCGGACUUCUCGCAAACGCAGCCCUCUUAUUGGAUCCCAAGCACUGAAGAAAGUAUCACCAUUGAUGGUAUAACUGAUGGCCAGUGGGUUUUCUUUAAUCUUCAAGAGACUGGAUAUUACAGGGUUAAUUACGACAUCAAUAACUGGCAGCUUCUCAUCAACCAACUCGAAACUGAGCCGAGUGUGAUUAACCUUGUCAGCCGAGCCCAGCUCAUCGAUGAUGCACUGAAUUUGGCCCGCGCUGGAAGACUCGUCUAUGACGUCGCCCUAAGCCUGGAUUCCUACUUGAAUCAGGAGACCGAGUUGGAACCUUGGCAAGCUGCUCUCGACAACUUCGAGUAUCUGGAGGAAAUGUUCACGCGCAAGGCUGGUUAUGGCCAAUUGAAGCACUAUUUAUUGGAUUUGUUGGUGCCGCUUUACAACAGCGUUGGUUUUGAUGACAAUCCUGAUGAUCCUCAACUGGAGCAAAUAAAGCGUGUGCUUGCCGUUGACUGGGCUUGCCAUUUAGAAUACGAAGACUGCGUCUCAAGAUCGGUUGAUCUGUACAACCAGUGGAUGGCAAGCCCCAGUGACCAGACCUUGAUUUCAUCGAACCUGCGCUCGACCGUGUACUGCACCGCGAUCGCUCAAGGCGGAGAGGCCGAGUGGAACUUCGCCUGGGCUCAAUACCUCGCCACCAACGUCGCCAGCGAACAAGACCGAAUCCUCUACGCCCUCUCGUGCACACGCGAAAUCUGGAUUCUUACAAAAUACUUGGACAUGGCGUUCACUGAGAACAGCGGCGUCAGGAAACAAGACUCGGGAAGAGUCUUCAGUAACGUUGCCUCCAACGACGUGGGCAGAGAUGUGGCCUGGCAAUAUUUACAGGAUAAUGUGAACAGCAUCGCUGCUUACUAUCAGUCAUUUGGAGUUAUUGGAGACUUAGUAUCCUCAGUCUCCAACGAGUUCAACACAGAACUUGAACUUCAAGAGCUGAUCCAAUUCAAGAACGAUAACAUCGACGCUCUAGCUACGGCGACCUACGCCAUCGAUCAGAGCAUCGAGAACACGUCCAACAACAUCGCCUGGAUGGACAACUACUACGACUACAUCGUCAACUGGCUCACUCUCAACGGGUAUCCGUAAAUAGUUCUGAAGCACUAAGGAUCUUCAGAUGUGCUAUCAACUACUGGAACACAUAAUGCACUUUGCACUACGCGAUGUGGCGUAGCUGUCCUACUUCUACGCUCGCACAAUAUCAUUUUCAGUUUGAUUUGUAAGCUGUCAAUGCCAACACUUGCGCCUAAAAUCUGCAUUUUAGGUGCAAAUUUAUCAGUUUUUAGGUGUAUCAGUUUUUUAAUGUUUUGUAUGAAUGAUUAAUCAGAAGCAUAAAUUGAAGGAUCCUGAUGUGUAUUACUUAAACUGGGUGAAUUUUCUAAAUAAAGAUUAUCAGAAAUUUUGUGAGUAAAUACGAAUUUGUCCUGCGUUUUGGAAAUUUGUCCUCUGUGUUUCAUAACAAGGAAUCAAAAAGAGAAAUAUCAA